CUUCCCGCCUUUUCCUUAAGCCCCGCCCCUCCCCUUCGGCCUCGCUCGGGCCGCGCUCGGCCCUUUCCGCCAGAUCCGCCGGAGACGCUUUCACCGAGAGGAACCGGGGGGGGGGUGCGGGGGUCUCAUUGGCCGGUGCGCUCGCGCCGCCCCCCCUCAUUGGCCGGGGCGCUCGCGCCGCUUCCGCCGCGCCCCCCCAUUGGCCGCAGCGCUCGCGCCGCCGCCCUCCCACCAUGCGCCGCCGCCGCCGCUGCUCCGCUCCCACCCCGGAAUUCCCGAAUUUCCUCCCGGAAUUCCCGAAUUUCCCCUCAUUCCGGCCUUGAUUCCGGCGUGGCCGCCGCCAUGAGCUCCCAGCGCUCCGAAAUCCCCGCCCUGCCCAAAAUGGGCGUCCGCGCCCGCGUGGCCGAGUGGCCCCCGCGCUCCAAAGACUCCCCGGAAAUUCCCAAAAACUCCCGGAAUUUCCCUCCCUCCCAGCCCUCCCUCAAACCCUUCCACCGCCGCUUCCUCCCCAACUCCAAGGAGUUGGAAUUCCAGGAGGGAAUUUUGGGGAUCCCCCUGCGCCAGCGCAGCAGCAGCGAAGCCACGCUGAGCGAGUGCGACGCCGAGGAAAUCCCGGAGAUCCGCGGCAAUUCCGGCCUUUCCGCCGGAUUUUUCCGGGAGUACGGCAGCACCUCCUCCAUCGACGUCCAAGGAAUCCCCGAGCAAAGUUUCUUCCAGAUGCUCGACGAAUUCCGGGCGAAAAAACCCGAAUUUUCCGCCGGAAAAUCGGAAAACCGCGACGACGAAAGCCAAGAGGAAAUUCGGGAUGAAAUCCGGGAUGAAAUUCGGGAGCAGCACCCCAAGGAAAAACCCCGGCGCCGCUGCCUCAAAACCGACGAGUCCAUCUUCAAAAAGCUCCGCAACUCCCGGCACGACGCCGCCGACGCCGCCGAAGAUUCCCGAAUUCCCGAGGCGCCGAAAUCGUGGAUUUGCCGGAAAGGCUUCGCCCAUUUCGACGUCCAGAGCAUUUUGUUCGAGGCCGUUUCGGCGCGCUCGGCGUCGACGCGGCGCCGCAACACCACCACCGGCGCCUCGGCCGCCUCGGCCGGCGCCGAUCCGGCGUUUCCCGGCGCCGAGGAUCAGAAUUCCAAGGAAAACUUGGAGAGGGAUCUGGGGGACAACACCAGCAACGAGUUGUUGUUGAGCUGUCCCCACUUCCGCAACGAGAUCGGCGGCGGCGGCGGAGAGCGCGACGUCAGUUUUGCCAAAUCGGCGUUUUCGGCGCCGCCGAAUUCCGGGUUUUUCGUGGAAUGCGGGAAUGGAGCCAAGGUGAGCAACGCCGGCGUUUCCAUCCUGGAAUUCCCCAAGGAGCAGCGGAGGAACCCCGAGAGGGUCGGGAGUUACGGCGUGGAGCACGCGGAUCUCGGAGCCACCUACUACCGGGAAUACUUCCUUGGAAAAGAACAUUCCAACUACUUCGGCGUGGACGAACGGCUGGGCCCGGUGGCCGCCAGCGUCCGGCGGGAGCGGCUGGAGGAGCCCUCGGAGCACGGCCCCCAGUUCCAGCAGCGCCUCAUCUUCCGCACCAGCCAGCUGGCGACGCUGCGCGGGUCCAUCCUGGAGGACGCCACCCCCAGCACGGCCAAGGCGGGAUCGGGGCGCGGGAUCCCGGCGCGGGAGCUGCUGGAAUUCCUCCUGCCCGAGCUCAACAUCCACUGCCUGCGCCUGGCCCUGGCCUCGCCCAAGGUCCCCGAGCAGCUCCUCAAGCUGGACGAGCAGGGGCUGUGCCGGCGGCGCAAGGUGGGGAUCCUGUACUGCAAGGCCGGGCAGAGCUCGGAGGAGGAGAUGUACAACAACGAGGCCGCCGGGCCCGCGCUCGACGAGUUCCUGGCGCUGCUCGGCGAGAAGGUCACCCUGAGGUCCUUCACCAAGUACGCGGCGCAGCUCGACACCAAGACCGAUUCCACGGGGACGCACUCGCUCUACACCACCUACCAGGACUACGAGAUCAUGUUCCACGUGUCCACCAUGCUGCCCUACACGCCCAACAACCGCCAGCAGCUUCUCCGGAAGCGCCACAUCGGCAACGACAUCGUCACCAUCAUCUUCCAAGAGCCGGGCGCGUUGCCGUUCACGCCGCAGAACGUCCGGUCGCACUUCCAGCACGUCUUCAUCAUCGUCCGCGCCCACCAGCCCUGCUCCGACAACGUCUCCUACAGCGUCGCCGUCACGCGCUCCAAGGACGUCCCACCCUUCGGGCCCCCGGUGCCGCCGUCCGGCGUCACCUUCCGCCGCUCCGACCUCUUCCGCUCCUUCCUCUUGGCCAAAGCCAUCAACGCCGAAAACGCCGCGCACAAAUCCCAGAAAUUCCGCGCCAUGGCCACGCGCACCCGGCAGGAAUAUCUGCGGGAUCUGGCGGAAAACUACGUCACCAACACGCCGCUGGAGGCGGCCGGGAAGUUCAACCUCAUCUCCUUGGCCUCCAAGAAGAAGGAGAAGUCCAAAGCGCGGCCGUUGGCGGAGUUGGAGAGCGCCGGCGCCGUUUCGUGGCGCGUUUCGGCGCUGGAUUUCGGGCGGGGCGGGGCGGAGGUGCCGUGCGUUUUGGGGAUUUCCAAGGAGUUUUUGGUGUUGGUGGAUCUGGAGGGGAAGGAGGUGGUUUUUAACUGUUGCACCGGGGACGUGAUCGGGUGGAGCGCCGAGGGCGCGGCGGUGAGGAUCUACCACGGGCGCGGCGAUCUGGUCAGCGUCAGGGUCGGAUCGGCGACGGAAACGGGAACGGGAACGGACGGAGCCGAGGGAGCGGCCGAGGAGGUCAAGGAGAUCGUGCAGAGGUUGAAGAUGACGACGCCGGGCUGCGCCACGGUGGACAUGACGCUGCGGCGGAACGGGCUGGGCCAGUUGGGGUUCCACGUGCACCCCGACGGCAGCGUGGCCGAGGUGGAGGAGUACGGCUUCGCCUGGCAGGCCGGGCUGCGCCGCGGCAGCCGCCUCCUGGAGGUCUGCAAGGUGGCGGCCGUGGCGCUGAGCCACGAGCAGAUGAUCGACCUCCUGCGCACCUCGGUCACCGUCACCGUGGUCAUCGUGCCGCCCCACGAGGACGGCACGCCCAGGAGGGGUUGGUCGGAAAGCCUGGCAGCCGGAGCGGAGGCGCCGCCGGACCCGGAGCCGUUCCCGGAGCCGUUCCCGGAGCCGUUCCCGGAGCCGAUCCCGGCGCCGAUCCGGGCCGGGCACCGCCCCGCGCCCGCCUGGCACCGCGGCGGCACCAAACGGGCCCCGGUGCCGCCGGCGCUGCCCCGGGAGCCGCCGCCGGGACACGGCAAACGCCCGCUGAGUUUCCCGGAGUCGCCCCGUUCCGGCUCCGCCUUCCGCCAGAGCUCCGGAAGCUUCUCCGGCACCGGCGGCGCCCGCGGAGCCCCAGAGAGGCCGCAGAGGGGGGCGGAGCCGCAGCCCGGGAAUUCCGGGAAUUCCGGGAAUUCCGGGAAUUCCGGGAAUUCCGGGAAUUCCGGGAGCUCCGGACACUCCGAGGCCGCCGGACACGAGGGAGGCACCGAGAGGCUCAAGGCGGAGCCGCUCUGGCACCUCCCGGCUCCGUCCCGAAUUCCCGGGAAGCGCCCGAAGGAGUCCCCGAAAAGCCUGCCCAAGGCGUCGCCGCCUCUCUCCAGCUCCAGCGACGCCGACGACAGCGGCGCCGACUCCCGAAAUUCCCGAAUUCCCAAAAUCCCCCAAAAUCCCCCAAAUUCCUCAAAUUCUCCAAAUCCCCAAAAUCCCCCAAAUCCCCAAAAUUCCCAAAAUCCCGCCCGGAAUUCCCAAAAAUCCCCCCCGGAGCUGACGGCGCCCCCGGCGGUCCGCAAACCCGGCAGCGCCUCCAGGCCCGGCCCCGCGGCUCCGAAAUUCGGCCCCAAAAUCUCCGGGAGAGGCUCCGGGGGAGAGGCCGGAAUGCAGGUGAACGUUUUCGGGCAGCCGCGGCUCCGGGCGUCGCUGCGGGACCUUCGCUCCCCCCGGCGCCUCCCGAAAUCCUCCAUCGAGGACGACCUGAAGCGCCUCAUCCUGAUGGACAAUUCCUGCCCCGAGGCCGAGCCCGCCCCGCCGCUGCCUCGGACGCUGUCGGACGAGAGUCUCUGUGGGGGGCGGCACCGGAGCCCCCAGAAUUCCCAACAUUCCGGGAAUUUCGGGAAUUUCGGGAAGAGCUCCGGGAAUUCCGGCAGUUCCGGGAAUUCCGGGAAUUUCCCGGAGCCGCUGAGCGGCGGCCGCAGCAGCCGGAGCGGGCGGAGAGCGGCCGACGGGAACCGAGGCCCGGCGGCGCGGUUGGAGCCGGGGCUGUUCCCGCUGCCGGACGCGGCCGGACUGGAAUGGGCGACGCUGGUGAGCGCGGCCAGAGCCUACGAGGUGCAGCGCGCCGUCUCGCUGUUCUCCCUGAGCGAUCCCGCCCUGAGCCCGGAGCCGCCCCCCGCCCCUCCCCCACCCCCCCGGCCGCCCCUCCCCCCACUCAGCCCCUCCCCCGCCCCCCUGGACCUGCCGGGAAAAGUUUCGCAGUUGGAGGCGAUGCUGAAGCAGCUCCACAGCGACCUGGAAAAGGAGAAGCAGGACAAGGAGUUCCUGCAGGCAGAGGUGGCAUCGCUGCAGCAGAACCCAUUUUUUGCCAAAAAAGUCCUAUUUUUUUCCCAAAAAUUGGGAAUUUUCCCCAAAUUCCCAUUUUUCACCCAAAAUCCCAAAAAACUCCCCAAAAUUCCCCCCAAAAAAAUCUCAUUUUUCUUCCAAAAAAAUCUCUUUUUUUUUGCCAAAAAAUCCCCAUUUUUUGCCGAAGAAUCCACAUUUUUUGCCCUAAAAACCCCAAAUUUUCACCAAAAUUCCCCAUUUUUUUUCUGAAAAUCCUCCAAAAUUUCGGAAUUUUCCCCAAAAUCCGGGA